UACCUGCCACUUCACCUGCAGUGAAGCCACCACCAGGUUUUACUGUACCUCCUCCCACCUCAGCUGCAGUGAAGCCACCACCAGGUUUUACUGUACCUCCUCCCACCUCAGCUGCAGUGAAGCCACCUCCUGGGUUCCUACUUCCAGAUGCACCCCCUGUAGUGAAGCCACCUCCUGGUUUUACUCUACCUGAUGCAUGCUCUGCAGUCAAACCCCCACCAGGGUUCCCUUUUGCCUGUAACAUCACCUGCAGUACGACCACCUCCUGGGUUUGCUCUGCUCAACCCUUCACCUGCAGUGAAACCACUUCCUGGUUUUACUGUAACGGAUGCAUUGCCUGUGGUAAAGCCACCUCCUGGGUUUGUGCUUGAUAACUUACCUGCAGUGAAGCCUCCCCCUGGCUUUGCUCUGCCAGUUGCAUCAACUGUUGCACGGCCACCUCCAGGGCUUGCUCUUUCCAAUGACUCAGCCGCAGUGAAGCCUCCUCUUGGGUUUGCCUUACCCAUUGCCUUAACUGCAGUCCGACCGCCCCCUGGGUUUCCCUUACCCAAUGCCUCAGCUGCAGCCCGAGCAGUGAAGCCUCCUCUUGGGUUUGCCUUACCCAAUGCCUCAGCUGCAGCCCGAGCAGUGAAGCCUCCUCUUGGGUUUGCCUUACCCAAUGCCUCAGCUGCAGCCCGAGCAGUGAAGACUCCUACUGGGUUUGCCUUACCCAAUGCCUCAGCUGCAGUCCGAGCAGUGAAGCCUCCUCCUGGGUUUGCCUUACCCAAUGCCUCAGCUGCAGUCCGAGCAGUGAAGCCUCCUUCUGAGCUCCUGGUUGCAGACGUCUCACCUGCAGCACAGCCCCCGUCUGGGUUUCUCCUUUCUGAGUGCACGAGACCUGAAUUGUGCCCAGAAGUUCCAGAUUGGGAGAUGGAGGAUGAGGCUCAAGACAUUGAGAAGAAUCAUCAUGUGUGUGCACAAGACAAAGCAAUGACAGUAACAUCCAAUGACUCAAAAGAUGUCCAGAAUCAUGCAGCACUGCCAUCUGAGAGAGUCAAGUCCACCAAGAAGAAGGGACUGAAGGCCUUUCUGCAGAAGAUAAGGAAGGUGUUGAGAUUUCGGGCAUCCUCCAGUGACUCAGAGGGAGACGCGCUGAGGCUCUCUAGAAGUCACUAAAAAAACAAACAAACAAAAAACUUUAAAAACAUGAAUUCAUUUUGACAUUACCCUUAUUUUUACGGAACCAUUAAUACAUAAACUAAUGUGUGUAUGUAUUAGUGGCCUGAUGGCCGAAAACGUUUGUCAAUUAACCCCUGUACUAAAAUGGAUUA